AUGACUGAAGAUUCUCACCCUGCAUACCUCUCGCCCAGCGAGCUGGGAACAAAAGACUAUUGGGAAUCCUACUACGCCCGCACACUAGCCCACAUCUCGCACGAGACUCCCGACAAUGCCAACGGGUCAGAACAAGAAGAUGACGAUGCUGCAUCCGCCGCAUCCGAUCUAAACGAUGAAGAUGAUCCCGGCACAUCCUGGUUCUCGGAGCACAACGCCCCGCAAAAAGUCCUGCACUUCCUCACGCGCAAGUCCUUCCCCUUGUCGCCGCGUAACACGCACAAAGACACGGCCCGCCAACCGAGUGUCCUGGAUCUUGGAACGGGCAAUGGGAGCAUGCUCGCACUGCUCAAGAAGCGGGGUGGAUAUGCGGGGCCUCUUGUUGGCGUUGAUUACUCGCGGCAGAGUGUCGAGCUGGCGAGGGAGUUGCAGCGUGUGAAAGGACAUUCGGCUUAUCGGAGUGAUUCGGAAGAUGAGGAGGACUCUGAAGAUGAGGUAGAGGGUGGGUCGAAGAUGGCCGUGCAGGAUGUUCCUAUUCGGUUUGAGGAGUGGGAUAUCCUGGGUUCGAAGGCUGUUCUUUCGGAGACGGGUCUUGAGGCUUCGCCUUCUGAGAACUCGCUUCCUUGGUUCCCUUACCAGCAGGGUGGGUUUGAUAUUGUGCUUGAUAAGGGGACUUUCGAUGCUGUCUCGUUGUCGGAUGAUGCGAAGACUACUCGUGUCUGUGAGCGGUAUCCGGAUAUCGCGCGGCGGUUGGUGCGGCGCGGUGGGUUUUUGAUUGUUACUACUUGUAACUGGACGGAGGAGGAGCUGGUGCAUUGGUUUACUGGGGAUCGGACGAGUGGGGAUCGGUUGGCGGUUUGGGGUCGUGUGGAGUAUCCCCGGUUCCGAUUUGGAGGGCAGGAGGGACAGGGAGUGUGUACUGUUUGUUUCCAGAGGCUUGGGGAUGAUGCUUGA